CCCCCCUGGGCCCAUUUGGACGGGCAACUAGCUGGACUUGGACAUUUUUUUUUGCAUGGCACCACUUUGCAUUAACAUUUUUCUUUGCUGAAAACUUCGACAUCAUCUCUCCUUACCCUCUCCCGCAUCGUCCCUCCACCCUUCCGAAAUUCUUCGACUUCGUAUCGAUUUGAUCUUUGAAGGUGUGCACGAGCGCUGGACAAAGUGCAUACCUAAAGCGGGGGGAAAGAAGCGCCUGUCUAUUCGGACAACCUCAUACAGAGAAGAAGGCCCUUAUAUCUUCUUAUUAUAUUUUAUUAUAUUUUGCUUUCUAUAUUAUUUUGCCACAGCGGAUUGUUUUCCUAUUUUCGUCCCGUUUCGUCCUUCGUCAGAAGGAAGUAGCUACAUACGCCUUGGUCCGAACUCGUUGUGCGCGCGGCUGUCACGCACCAAACCGCAGCUACCAUUCGUUCACUCAACCAACUCUUGGUGCCUGUCGUCCCAAGCUCUUUCUGUCGCCUAAUCCGCCACCCUGCGAGCGCGACACCAGAAUUCAAUCAUCGAGUGUAUCAAGGGACCAAGAAAAAGUCCCCCCAUUCGAACCACCUCAAGUUGACCUGCAUGCAUCAUUCGCUGUGUGCGAGGUAGUUCAGCCAUUCUUUACAAUAUUGUCUUUUGGCAUUAAGACAAUCACAGUUAUACAUUCACCCGAUCGAGUGUCUCUCUCGCUGAUCUACUCGGAAAUCUUUCCAAACCGCUCGCUACCCAACCGACACCGAGUUCACAUCGAUCACAAACCACGCUUACAGACGAAAACCGUCUGGAAGAAUCCUUGCGAUCUGAUCUCUAGAACCAUCGUUUGCCUCAUAACAACUUUUUCUCAUUAAUCCAUAGGCCGCACGGGGUUAACGAGCGGCCCAGGCGGCUCGAAAAAGAUUCUAUAUGCCUAGAUUCCCGGUUUCGUUUGGCAAGCGGAGGUCGACCGCAGACAGCUUAGAAAAUGGUGCUGUAGCAGCGGAACCAUCGUUCCGAGUCCUCGAGAGGCCCGAUGUUCCCAAUGCCAAAAAUUUUGAUGCCGGUGUCAGGAACUCGGUCUACAAGCCAUCCCACAACCCGAAAGCUUCCAUCUCGGUCGACCUCGCCCCGAUGGACGACAACAUGUUUGCGGAUUUGAAGAGCACAAAUCGUAGUGGCAGUGGUCUCUCAAACAAUACCACAAAAUCCUCAUUAACCGACAAUUCCUCCCGACACAGCAACGCUUCUACUGCCCCAUCCUCCACCCACGAAAACAGUGCUGCCAUCCACGAAGAUUCCAAAAGACCAGUACCCAAGAAGUCGUACCAAGAUAUUCCUCUUCCCCCGAUUCCGAAGUCGGCGAGCAGUGGAUUUCUCAAGGCUGCAGGCCGAACCUUCUCAUUCGGAACCAAGAAGAGCCAUUCUUCGGGCUCUGCGGGACAAGAGUCAGAUAUGCAAUCGUCCGUCGACCAGCACGGCCCAGAGCAGCUAUCGACUGUAGGAAGACCUCGGACCACGACAUCAUCAACAACCAGCACAGCCACCCCGCCCAAGCUUGACGAAUCAAGCUCUUUUGACUUGGGUGGAGAUUUCAGCAAGAUGCUCAGCUUCGAGAAGAGGAAGAGCACCCUGACGUUGAAGGAUGACCAGAACGGUCGUCAAGCUCUCGGGCCACGUUCCUUGACUGGAAAUCGUCUGAACCAACCUCAGCCUUCGCCUUUGACGAUCGACAAGACCUCGAGGAUAGAACCAUCGCCAUUUUCUUGGGGAAGCCAUCACUCUGGAGAUGGCCUGCUCAACAGCCCGAGCCUGGGAAACGAGAAUGCCCCGCCAGUCCCGAAACAUGUCUCUGCAUACUCGCCGAGGCCCCAGGGUCCAUCUCAGUCGUCCUCAGAUGGCAGCCUCCAGGCUGGUCACCACGGCAACGAUAGGAGAUUUUCUGGAGAGGGUGAAGGAGAAGACACUUUACUUUUGAAAGACAUUUCUACAGCAACCAGAUUCCUGAAGAGCGGUGGUGCACAAACAGGCAAUGGUCGGUACCGGAGGGACGAGGACACUUUGGGAUCUGGUUACAAGCAGGUUUCAAGCCCCAAAGACGAGGAGGAUCUUUUCGACACAAGCUUAGUGAACUCGAGUAGGGCGGCAAGCCGCUAUGUCGCCGAGAAACCCAGCCCACCUCGCAACAAGGUCAUGACUCCCGCUGAGUUUGAGAGAUACCGUCAAGACAAGGAGAGAGGUUCGGACAGCGGCGACAAGUCUCCUACGAAAGGCGACGAUGACGAUGAUGAGGAUAUCAACUAUGAGGAUGAUGAGGAUGACAUGGAGAAGUCGAAGCAGGCUGCUAAGCAAAGGCAGAAGCAGGAGGCACAUAUGACUGUGUACCGACAGCAAAUGAUGAAGGUCACUGGUGAACCGGCUACUAGCGGUCACCGUCCUGGAUUUUCGGCCUCAUCCAGCACACCCAACCUGCUACAGGCCCGUGGACCGUCCCCCAACAAGUCUGUCGACGCAUCGGGCGAGUCGGAUGAUGAGGAGGUUCCUCUUGCCAUCCUGGCCGCACACGGCUUCCCGAACAAGAACCGCCCACCACACCGCCUCAGCUCGAUGAUGUCGAACCCCAACCUCAAGGUUGCUGCGCAAACAAGCUACGCUCGUCCGGGCUCUGCGCAUGGCGACUCCCCAGCCUCUAGCGGACCAUCGCCUUCAGGCGGUCGUCUCCCAGCGUUUGCCAGGGGUCUUCCUCAAGAUCCUUUUGUCGGAGCUGGCCUCGUCAAUCACCCAGUUAGGGAGAGCCUUUCCUUUGGUGGUGGGGCCCCCGCUGCUCUCCAAACCCCCGGCGUGCCCCCCGGAGGUCUGGUCGGUGUCAUUGCCGGCGAGGAACGCGCGCGUGCGCUGCGUCGGGGCAGCCCUGCCAUCGAUACACACAAGCCACUGAUGCCGAUGUCAGGGCCUCUGGCAGGGCCAGGAGGCUUUGAUCCACUAGGAGCUGUUCCCUCUCAUAUGAUGUAUCCUGCCUCCAACCCCCGACCCCUCUCGACAGUCGACCAAACCCAAGCGCAGAUGAACCAGAUGCAGCAGUUUAUGCAAAUGCAAAUGCAGUUUAUGCAAAUGCAAAUGAUGCAGACAAACGGCAAUCGCAUGUCACAAAUUCCCCAGAUGGCACCGCAAAUGCCAGGUAUGCCCGGCGGACAGAUGCUAGGCAAUGGAAUGAUGGGCAGCACGGGCGACAUGCGGCACAGCUUUGUGGACAACGGGUCUGUCUUUGACCUGCCCAUCCGCCCCGAGCAGCAUGGCCGCAGCAUGAGCAUGGUGCAGCCCAGUUCAGCCUCCUGGAUCCAGCCACCUAUGCAAGGCCCCGGUUACGCCCCGAGCAUCCGCAUUCAGGGUGCCGGCUAUGCGCCUUCUAUCGCACCGUCCGAGAGGAGCAACAUUGGCCUUCCCGGUCGCUACCGGCCUGUGUCUCAGAUGCCUGCUGCUGCACCUGCGGACCCCCGCAAGAGCACAACCAUAUCGGGCGGUCUUGGCUGGGACCAGCCACGCACCAAGAGCCCGCUUGGGUUCGGCACAGCCAAGACACCUAGCCUAGGCCCGGAUGCGACUCACAGCAAGAAGACCGUCACUACGGUCGCUGCGGAUGACGACGAGGAUGACGAACAGGCCUGGGCCGCUAUGAAGCAGAAGCGGGAAAAGAAGCGGUCGCUCUGGAAGUCCAAGAAGAGCUUCGGAAGCGAUAUCUCCCUCAUGAUCAAAUAAACGACUCGAAGAUAACCAGCUCACUGCUGCCUGAAAAGAUUGCUCAUCAUCUCAUUCUUUUCUCUCACAUCAUUUUUUGCGGACAUAGCGUUCGGUGUGGCAGGGAAGACGAUAUUUUUCUCUCUGUGUAUGCAUUCCUGGAUUUCCUUUAUCCGUUUCUUUUUUUUUGGAUCUUUUAUGUUUCUGGCCACUGUUUGGAAACUAGCCUCGCUCCUCAUACCUGACGUUCAUUUUCUUGGUUUUGGUGUUGGGCUUGCGCAUAUACAAGAAAUAUUUAAUCUGUUGCUUGUCUUGGGUACUUUGAUCUUUGUUUGGUUUCGCUUGUUUGAAAAGAUCAUCACACCUCGCCACAGCACAAAUCUGCCUUUUGCAUACCUCCAACUGGGCCCACAAACCCCGUCACUAAAAGUGCAUGCGUUAUUAUUGCUUUAGUUGCACACAGCGGCAUUAGUUUGUUAAUUUGGGUUGCGUUUAUUGCCCGCACUUUACAUUCGUUUAUCUUUUUUUGUUCUCUUUAUUCAUCAUUAAGGUGGUACGGAUGAGCGGCAGGGACGGAAGAAAAUAAAGUAGAAGAGAGACGGAGGAGGGCAACGAAUUUGUAUAGUGGAUUUUUUUCUACGCAUGAAAGAACGGCGUCAUGAUAGACAGAUCCAAGAAUUGGGCGCAAAGGCAAAGAUGCAAAUAAACAAAAGUCCAAUGCCGACAUGCCGUGUUGGAGUGGAAGCCUGUGGCAUCUACUUCAACUUCGCCCAUAAUCUAAUAAUAAGCCUCUCGAACCAUAUAUUUUAUCGCAACAAAGUGAU